AUUGCACCUCCAUCCUCACAACUUUUCUUCUCCCCUCCCCAAUUUUCCUUCUUCUCAAAGUCUUCCUUGCUUUCUUUCUCCACCUUCUCACCCUCCCCCAUUUUAUGCAAAACAAACAGGAAAGAGAGAUCUAUUUUUGUUCCUCCAUCAAUGGCAGAUUCGAGAUCUUAUAACCAGCCCAGUACUCACACAGUCACACACCAUAAAUCUUUCAUUCGUAUCAUCUGUAAGUCUCUUUUCUUUGUCCUCUUUCUUAUUGCUAUUCCUUUAUUCCCUUCACAAGCUCCUAACUUUGUCAACCAAACCUUACUCACUAAGUUCUGGGAGCUUGUUCACUUAUUGUUUAUUGGUGUUGCUGUCUCUUACGGCUUGUUUAGUAGCAGAAAUGUGGAAGGGGAAUUUGAAACCACCACCCAGUACUCUACUUGUGACUUUGAUGAUUUACAGUCAUCUAAUAACUAUGUCUCUAGAAUUUUUCAUGUUUCCCCUAUUUUUGAAAAUGGGUAUGAAAAUCUGUCCGGGUCUGACGAGAAAAAUGUUUACCAUACUUGGAACUCUCAGUCCUAUAAAGAUGAGUCUAGUGUUACUGUUACUAAUGGUAGUAGCUCUAGUAUCGAUGAAAAGAGAAAACAUGGAUUUAUAGAUCAUGAAAAUGGAAAUGAGAUUCCAGUCGAGCAUGAUGAGAAUACUGGUGUUCAAACUUGGAAUUCUCAAUAUUUACAGGGUGAAUCUGUGGUUGUAUUGUCUCAAGUAAACUAUGAACUUGAUGAAUGGGGAAAACCUAGUCAGAUAGCUGGUUGUAAACCUUUAGGAUUGCCAGUUAGGAGUUUAAAAUCGCGAAUUAGAAACCCAGAUACUCCUCAUUUUAGCGAUGGAAGUGAGUCUGGUUCAAGCUUGAUUGGUGAUUCUAACAGUUCCGGAAGGACUAUGAAUGAGAAAAUUUUUGGUGAUAUGGGUCCAAUAAACUUGGAGGAGAAGUUCAACGAAAAUUUUGCCUUGCAUUCUCAAGUUCCGCGGCGCUCUAGAUCUGGAAGGGUAGAAUUGAGGAAUAAAGUAGGUCGUGUUGCUCCUCAUCCUUCACAUUUUAGGCCUCUUUCUGUUGAUGAAACUCAAUUUGAGUCUCUCAGGUCACAAUCUUUCAGGUCCACAACUUCUUUCUCGUCUCAAGCUAGUUCAGUGUCAAAUUCACCAACAAUGCUUUCUCCUUCGCACUCUACUACUUCUUCUGAUUCACCAAGUUCAAGAACGGAAGAAUUAGGAAAAGAUAAGGAUUUCUUUCCUUCAUAUCCUCCUGCUUCCCAAUCACCACAAACAACAAAGACUCGUGAUGCUCCAUUGAAUGCUUUUCACUUGAGGAGGUAUAGCAGUGGCUCUUUGUUCCAAAAGGAUGCGCACAAACGCAUAAAAGAUGAGCCGAAAGAUCUCCGUGGGAAGAGAAAAGAUGAUUUACUGAGAAGUAAAGAGGGUGGACAGGGUACAUUGGAAUCAGAUAAGAAGCCUGCAAUGAUGGUUAAAGCUUCGCCAAGGGGAAAAUCUGUUAGGACCAUUAGAAGUGUAUAUACUGCGGAGGCAGCAACAGUUGGGGAAACCUGCAUUGAUGAUCAGGCUGGAAAAGAAUAUAAUGAAGCAAUAGGUGAAAAUAUAGGGAAAAUAGAAAUGAAAAGGGAAGGAUCUGGAAAAUAUGAUGUGCCAACUGGCAUGGGUAAGAAGAAUCUCGAUGGUCAAUAUGAUGUGCCAAAGCCAACAUUUGGAAAAUAUCAGAUGAAAGAAAAGGAAGAACCUUUGGAGACUGUAACUGUGGAGGCUGAAGAAGACCCGCAGCGCGAGACUGAUAGGAGUGGAAUGGGCUCCCAUGCAGAUGCUGUGCUUAACCCUGUGAGUGAUGCAGGGCAUGACCCUGGUGAGGUUGAUAGGAAGGCUGGUGAGUUCAUAGCCAAGUUCAGGGAGCAGAUUAGACUUCAAAAAGUGGCUUCUGUUGAAAGAUCAAAAGGAUUGCGAUUGAGUGGUAAGCAUUUAAGGUGAACCAUAUGUAAAGUCGAAAUGUUCUGUAGGUAUCUAAGUAUACGAAGAUGAAGGUGAACACCCUUCUAAUUCUGUGUUUGAGAUUUGAUGUUCCGUCUCUUCGUAGGUAGAUACAAAGUUAUAGUGUUGGUGGAAGUGUGUUGUCUGUGUAAUCACCAACUCUAUAAAGAUCCAGAGAUUGUUUUUAGUUCUUCAUUUGGUAAAAUUGUCAUACCUUCUACCUAUUGUAUUUCUGUUACACACGUAUUUCAUUCAAUCUUUGCCACUAAAAUGGCCUAUUCAUUAGUGUAAAUACAUUACUGAUAUGUCUUCUUUAA